UUUAAAUUAGAAAUGAAGCUAUUUUUAGCGCUGGCGGUGAUAUUCGCUCUGACUGUAGCAGAUGAUCCUAUCAAGAUUGAGCUACUGGGAAUUGAACCUAGUGCUGGUCCCUUAUCAGGUAACACCAGGGUUAUAGUAAGAGCAAGCGGACUAGGAAUGCUUGAGUCGAAAUAUAAAGCUCCAAUGUGUAAAUUUGGAAGGAAUGAUAAAAUCGUAGAAGCAAGUUAUGUCAAAUGUACCCCUGAGCCUAGUAAAGUCUGGGAAAUGGAACCUCCUACAUCUGCGAGAACGGACACGUGUUUGCAGUGAGAGAAUGCACCUCCUGGAUUCAAAUCAGAAAUUGUGCCAUUUACAAUUUCUUUGGUGGGAGAUUUCUCAGAUGUAAUCAACUCUGUUGGAUAUAGAUAUUAUCAAGAUCCAAAAGUAUAUUCAAUUUAUCCAAGAUAUGGUAUCAAAGACGGAGGCACAAGAGUCGAUGUCUGGGGAGAGAACUUUUUGAACUUUGAAGAAUUCACUCGAUGUGGUUUUGGAUCCAUUACUGUCCCAGCCGUGUUUGUGAAUUCAAAUUAUAUGUAUUGCUUUUCACCUACCUCAGACGUUGUCGAGAAAGGUAUUCCAUUUGUUGUGACACUCAAUGCCCAACAGAAUACAAAGGAGAAUAUUGAUUUUUGGUACUAUAAUCGUCCUUCGAUCCAGAGUAUUUCCCCAACUAGAGGUCCAGAUGAUGGAGGGAAUGAAAUAAUAAUUCACGGAAACAACUUCGAUCCUUUCCAUCUGUACUCAAUCAAUAAUCACAACGAUACUUUUUGUAAAUUUGAAGGGCUUACUUUGAUGCCAGCUACAGUUUAUGAGUCAACUAAGAUAAGCUGAGCUGCUCCACCUUCUUAUGUAAACCGUCAGUCUAGAAUUGAAGUUACUUUGAACAACCAGCAGUUCACUGAUGACGGGCAGAUUUAUAACUAUUACAAACCUCCUUAUGUCUUUGAUAUGGAACCGAGACAAGGGCCCACAAAAGGAGGAACUAAUGUAACUUUGAUUGGAACAAACUUCAAAGAAGGAGUUCCAUUUAGAUGCAAAUUCGGUGAUCAUAUUACGAACGGUACUUAUAUUUCCUCUCACAAGGUAAGCUGUAUUACACCACCAAAUAAUAAGCCAGAAUACGUGCCUGUGAGUAUUGCUUUUAGUGAAGAUCUUUGGUCAUCUGGCCAAUCUAAGUUCUUGUACUACAAUCAGCCUUCUGUUUCAAGGAUCGAGCCAACUUGUGGUCCAGAGUCAGGGUAUACUCAAAUAACUGUUUAUGGAAAGAACUUCAUCAACCUAGGACUAGGAAGCGUUCAUUGAGUGUUUAAUAGGACUGUUCAUAUGAAUGCCACUGUCAUGGAGCAUGAUAUUAUCAAAUGUGAUUCCCCACCUGCUACCAAAUGGUACAAAUCAGAUGAUACUGGGCCUAAGUACUACUACUUGGAAAUUACCUUGGACGGAACUUUGUACGGAGGACCUCCUCAGAGAUUUAGUUACUAUAAAGAACCAGAAAUAAUUUCUGUUGAUCCAAAUCUUGGUCCAAUCCAAGGAGGAACUCAAUUAAAAAUUGGUGGAUAUGGGUUCAAUAGAGAUUCUUGCAACAUCACUGUUAGGUUUGGAAAUAUUUAUGCAAUCCCAUCAUCAGUGAAACCAAACGAAAUCGUUGUGAAGUCUCCUCCAGUGAAUAACCCUCAUGCGGUUGUGGUGGCAGUGGGGCUCAAUGGGCAACAAUUCACUAAAGAUAAGACACUUCAUUUCACUGAUCCCGAGAAUACUUUCCAUUAUUACGAGAACCCAACAAUUUAUGACUUCAGCCCAGAUGAAGGCCUAUCUAAUGGAGGAAGUGAGAUAUUGAUUAGAGGAAGAGGCUUCCAGCCAACUAAAUAUGAGAACGGGACCUUUAUAAAAACUCCUGUAUAUGUCAGAAUGCUCGAAAGAGGAACAAGAAACCCUCUUGGAAAGACUACUAAAGCUGAAUAUGUAGAAGAUGAGGAGAUUAGAUGGAAAGCUCCUCCAGCUCCUGCUGGAACUCAAGGAAUUAUUUCAAUUUCCCUCAAUAACCACCAGUUUUAUGAACUGUAUCAAAAAGAAAAAGGUUACUCUUUCAAGUACUUGCCUUCUCCUUACAUUUCUCACAUUGAUCCUGAAUUUGGAGAGGUUCGUCAAUCUGAAAAAGUAGUUAUUGAUGUCCACGGAAACAACUUUGAUUGCCCUAAUAACAAUUGUAACGAUGUCAAAUGUAAAUUUGGCACUGAUCCAAACUCAGUGAUUGUAAAGGGUCAGAGGAAAUCCUCGAACCUGAUUCAAUGUCCACUUCCCAACUAUCCUCAGCCCGAUGUUCUUGAUGUAGAAGUUUCUAUGAAUGGCAGAGAUUACUCGAAUAAUAAAAUACAUUUUGGGUACUAUGACCCAUUUGUGCUGAGGGUCAACCCAAAACUUGUCAGUAAGUCUGGAUCCACCCAGAUUGAAAUUAAAGGAUUUGGAUUUGUCGAUUCAACUGAAGUCGGAGGCCUUAAAGUUCUCUAUGAUAAUGAUGCUGACAGCUACUUUUGCACAAAUAAUAAGAAUAAAUGUGUAGUGGAUGCUGGAUUCGUUGAUAAGAACACAGUUAUUGCUCCAACUCUUCCAUUCACGAUGUAUACUGAUGGCAAUGGAAAGCAAAUUUCUGAUACUGACCCAGUGAAUGUAGAGGUUUCUGUAUUUAACGACAAGUUCACUCAAAAUCACAUUAAGAUCCAUUACUACGAUGAUCCAAUUUUUAAAGACGUUGUACCAGACACUGCCCCUGCAAAUACACAGUCACCAUUGAUGAUUGAGAGUAAUUUUAAGUUUGAUGUGAACGACCAGAAAACCUUUUUGGAGAAUGCUGAGUUUAAAUGCAGAUUCAGGUCUCAAGAUCAGAGAGAAGAGAUCUUCACUCAUGGACAAGCUAUAAGUUUUCCGUACAAAACAGGGGCUCCUCCAACCCACAUCAAGUGUAAUACUCCAAUCUGGCCUUUAGCUGGUAGGAUUUCUGAGCAAGUAAAGAUGGAUGUUACUGCAAAUGGAAAUGACUUCUACGGGAGCUUUGACUUUACCUUUACUGAUAAAAUGGAAAUUUACAGAGUCGCUCCUCUCUGUGGUCCCAAUGACGGAGGAUCAGCUGUCCAAUUGCUUGGAAGUGGAUUCAAAGCAGACGAAGAUGUAAUGGUAAAAUGGGGAGUCAUUGAUCAAGAAAUACUAGAUAAAGACAAAAUUCGAGGGUUCUUAGGCUCAAAAUAUGAUGAGUCCAAUGACUUCUCAGGUUCUUCAGAGACAAUCAUUCCUGUACAUCAGAGAGAUAUUGAAAAAAAGAAGGUGUAUGAUACAUUGACAAUAAAUUCACCAAAGCUUGCACACGCAGCUAAGACUUAUGGAGGACCUGUGUAUUUGGAGGUUGGUACUAAGGAAGAUGUCCUAUCUAAUAUUCCUCCUGAAUUGGCUAAGUAUGCUUAUACUACUUCAUUCGCAGAAUAUUAUUAUUAUAAGCAACCAGAAAUCAAAAGCAUUCAUCCUCAUGGAGGACCUAUCGAGGGAGGAACCGAAAUUGUAGUUGAGGGAGCUGACUUCCAAUUAUUCUCAGAAUAUGGUGUGAUUCCACAUUGUAAAAUUGGAGAUAAAGUAGUAAAGGCUAAAUUUGAAAGUACAGUAAGAAUUAUCUGCCCUGCUCCUCCAGGAGACAGUGUUGACAAGAAAUAUCCUGUCAUGAUUUCCCUUAAUGGCAAAGAUUAUAUUGACACAGGAAAGUUCUUCCAUUAUUACAAAAACUCAAUGGUAAACGAAAUUCAUCCAACCUCAGGUCCAAACACAGGAGGAACUACAAUCAGAUUGACUGGAGACCAUUUCUCUGAUUUGAGUAAUCCAAACGAGUUCUUGUGUAGAUUCAAGCCAUUGAAUAAGGAUGUACCUCCAAAAUAUAUUUCAGCGAGAUAUUUCAACCAAACCACUAUUCUUUGUGCUUCUCCUGGAGGUUUUGGAAACGUUGAUGUUGUAAACGUAGAUAUCUCAUUCAAUGGUAUUGACUACACCAAUAGCGAGCAUGAGUUUAGAUACUACAACAUUAUUACUGCUAGUCCAAGAUCUGGCCCUACUGAUGGAAAUGGAGACAACAUCCAAAUCAAAGGACAAGGUUUCAAAGAUGACGGAAAUAUUAAGUGCAGAUUAGAUAACCAAGACUCACAGCCAAGUCAUAUUUCAUGGGAUGAAAUCUAUUGCCCUAUCUUACCAGCUAAGCAAGGGAAAGAUUUCUUUGGAAACGUCCCUUUUGAAAUCACGAUUAAUGGUGAUGAUUACCAUUCUUUCACUGGAGGUUUCCAAUAUUAUGAACAGCCUAAGGUCAGCAGCAUUUUUCCAAAGCAAGGACCUAAUGUUGGACAUGGAAAGAUUCAUUUUUACGGAGAUAACUUCAGGUCUGAUUUCCAACUUUCAGAAGCUUAUUGCAAAGUAGGAAGCUCAUACGGUAAAGCUAUUGUCAUCGACUCAAAAAAUAUGGAAUGUCAUAUUAGUGAGAUACCGCUCAAUGGAGGAGACCAAGCCUUGCCAGCACAAAUUUCUUUGAAUAAUGCUAGUUGGACACCUGUGAAUAAGGAUACUUACUAUACACCUUAUGGAAUCCACCACCUCACUCCGAACAGUGGCCCAAUCACAGGAGGUACAGAGAUCACAGUUGUAGGAUCUGGGUUCAAAGGAGCCAGUGAUCCAAAGUGAAGGUUCGGAGUCCCAGGAAAUUUUGCAACUACAUCAGGUAAAGUUCUGACAAAUGACAAGAUGGUCUGCCAAUCUCCAGCUGGAUUUGAUGUCCCAAAGCAAGCUUCAUUGCCUUUCUCUGUUCCAUUCUCGAUCGCACUGAAUAAUGAGGAAUAUGAUCCCUGGACAACAAGUGCUCAUCGGUUCAGGUUUUAUGGUGAGCCUGCUAUCACGGGCUGCACUCCUACAGAAUCAGAAGUUGGUGAGAUGAAGGAUGUAUACUUAUUCUCAGGGCAAGAUAAUGAGUUCAUCGAACCAAUCCCAGUUGAAGGCUCCCAGUACUCAGAUUAUGGAAUCCUCUGUAGGUUUGGAAAGUAUGGUCAAACACCAGGAGUAUUGCUUAACUCAACCACAGUCAAGUGUGUAACCCCAACAAUUCAGAAGAAUCCAGAAGAUUUGGAUCGAGAGGUUGUCACUGUAUCCGUGGCUCAAAAUGGACAGAACUUCAAUGAAUAUUCAAGUAGUUGUGAUUAUGUGUUCACUGGAACUGGAGAAGGCACUUCCUUCUGGCCUUGGAUCAUUGGCUUACUUCUAUUGUUUGUUCUUCUGAUUGCUAUUAUUCUCUGCGUUGCAGCAAUUCUGGAACAAAGAUCAAAGCAUUUUAGUAGAGAAGCACAUGGAGCCGAUAGAGAUCGCGAUGCACCACAUGUAUUAAACAAGAGACCUAGAGGAGUUCCCUCCGGCCCUAUGGAGUAUGAUUAUUUUGCCAAUCAAGAAAGCUUACAAGGAGCGAGUCGGUCAAACUACCGUGGAACCGAUCAUUUCGACACCAGAACAAACCGUGGAUUUUACUAAAAUUCUCUAAUUCAAUACA